AUGUCGUUAAAUGCCCUUAAUAUCGGGAUAAUAGCUUUCGAUGUAUUUGCUUUGGUGGCUUCCAUCCCCGGAAACCUGUUCAUUUUUGUGAAUGGCCUGGGUUGGAUACAGAAUAAGAAACUCCACGUGACCGAACAUCUUAUAUUUGGGAUUAGUGUCUGCAACCUUUGCCACGGAUUUCUGAAGACUGUCAGUUAUUUGAAUUACGUUUUAGAAGGACCCGCUCGCAGUGUAAAUGAAAUUCAGAAGUAUGGAACCGUCAUGUUUCUUACCGUAAUGUCCUGCAAUAUCUGGUUUUGCACUUGGCUUUGUGUUUACUUCUGUCUAAAAAUCGUUAACAUCAACCAGCGGAUGUACCUCGGCCUACAGAGGAAUUUCAACAGGAUAUUUCCCUUUCUUCUUCUUAAGUCCAUACUUGGCUCUUUCUUGGUGAGUCUGCCUGUGGCAUUGGGGGAUACCUAUAAUGCAACUCUCCAUGACUCUUCCGAAACGGUGUCCGUCAAUAUGUUGACAAAAAUAAAAUACCUCUACCAUCUACCGAUCCACAGUACGAUUUCCUCUUUGGCUUUUUUCCUGUUCUUCGGUUCGGCUUUGACCAUCGUCAUCUCUCUCUAUAGACACAUGAAGACGAUGCAAGGCAACGCUGAAGGUUCUCGAAGCCCAAGCGUGGAGGCUCAUGUCCGUGCAGCCAAAACUGUGACCUCUCUCUUGACCCUGAGUAUUAUUUAUUUCCCUUCUGUCCUCGUAGCUACUUUGUGUAGAUGGGACUUUAACUGGUUACAUUCAUCAUCCUGCUUUAUUUCCAUAUUCCAUAUCUUGAGUUCUUUGACUCUAAUAAAAGGAAACAGUAAACUGAACAUGGCCCUAGAAAAACAUUUUCCAUGUUGCCCUUGUUGA